AUUGUCCUACAGAAUUUCCUUAACGAUUUCACCUAUAUGAGCUGACUGUGGGGUCGCAGUCCAGGAGAGAAUGAGGUUUUCUCUCUAGUGAGCUCAUGAAUAGAUAUUAAAGGGCAUGACCGUAACGCCCUGCCCCGUAAGAGAAGCAGAUAAUCUGCCUAGUACUAUGUGCCUUUUGUGCGAAGAUUCUCACACUAGGGUUUGUGGAUCAAGGCGUAGUCCUCCGCUUACUCGUGCAGGGUUGGAGUACACUGGGAUAGGCUUUGGUUCAAACCUAACAAGUACCUCUGCCGAAAAGUAGUAUAUAAACAGUACGGGAGCUCAAUGACAUUGAUCAGAAAAUAAGAGUGAAAAUGGUGGGGAUUGCUGUUAAUUGGGGUUUUCCCUUUAUUAAAAAAAAGAGGAGAAAGGGGGUCAGCCAGACUGGGCCGCUGGAAGGCCUUACAGCCGAGCAACCCAGCUGGUGACUUAACCUAGACGCAAAGGCUGUAUCCCGAGAGGCAAAGAAAAAAUAGGGGCAGAGAGCUGGGCGGCGGCGGCGGCUGAACGGAUCUCCGUUUUCAGUGGCUUGCUCGGCCGUAGCUUUCGCCCUCUUCUUGCGCGACUAGCUCCUGCUCGGCUCCUUAUAAUGGGAGUUCGAUUUCCUGACUUGGGAUCGGUAUAUGCGAUAUUCCUUCUCCUCUCUCUCCCUGUUCACUGCUCCAGUUGAGAACUGGAUCGAUUGACUCGAUCUCUGGCCUUCCUGUGGUGAUUCUUGCUGGUUGUGAUUGGAAGAAAGCUGUAGCUGGUGUUGCGCACGUGCAGCAACGGUUCCUUGUGCUUUUCUUCUGUGCUCUGACGCCUGUGUGGUGCUGUUCUCUGAUCUUUGUCCACCGUGGCCUGGUGUUUGGGCUCCCUACUGCGCGGUGUUCCUCUUCUCGGGCUGGUGCCGAGGACGUCUCCCUCGGCUCCGGCAGCGGCUCCAGUAUCUCCGUCAACCUCCCGCCGUGCAGGUCCGGACGUGGGCGGCGGAAUUGGUUUUCUGGGACAGAACCUCGUGUUCGCUGAGCUGGUCUUCCCACGUAGACAAUCUACGUGCUGUGAGUUACCCGUUGCCUCUAUUUAUUUAUUGAAUAAUUUUGUGCUAUCUGCUAGUAUUAUUUACUUGGGUGUGAUUGCACAAUUUGUGGGCGGAUUAUGUGCUCGAUGAUGAUAGCGGUGUAGUGAGACGACGUGACAGUCUGGGUUUUAGUGUGUUGUUAUUUUCAGCAUUGAUAUUAUUUGUGCCUAGUUAUUUCUUACUAUUGUGCAAGCUGAUUAUUUAAGUUCAUUAUUGUUCCUUAAUUCUUAUGCACACUGUUUUGAUCUUAAUAUUCAUGCUUGAUUUCUAGGCUCAUAAUAUUUGAUCUAAAACCCUGAUUUGGUAAGAUAGGACUGUCACGUUAGUCGAGGAUCUUUGAUCACCCUUUAGCGUUGGAGGGCUGUCUAUUGCAGCAACCCGCUAUUUUGAGGGCAAUAUUUUAAUAUAAACAAUCAUGUUUAUUUGUUUAAUCUGCCUUCUUCAUCUACCUGCCAUGUUUAAUUUGCAAAUGGAUUUGAGUAGCUAUAUUACAUGUUUUCAUGUCCUGGAAUUGCUACUGUUCAUUGCUGUUAUAAUUACAUAUGGCAUUUAUCUGAGUUAUAUGCUUGUUUUAUUCGGAAUUAGUAUAUUUAAUCUAUUUAAAUAUGUAGAAAGCAUGUCACUUAUUCCUCUAAAUUUACAACAGCCCCUUCUCGAGGAAGGUAAAUCUCAGCGUUACUGGAUUACUACCUGGCACUUAGAUUGAUCAGGUUGAUGGAUCCGGUGCGUCAUGUUGUAGUUCGCUUGUAAGCUCCAAGCAAUCUCACGAAGCUGCUCAUUGUGGCUGCUUCCACGAUGCAUUGCUUUCCGUCUGUGCGGAAUAAAGAGAUUUUUACUUGACCUGUAGAGUAAUAUGGUUAAAUAAAUCUUUGGGCAAAUAAUCCAUAAACCCUUCAGAAGCUUGUAAAAUCAAUAAGUAGCUCCACAUAGGCUGCUAGCUGUUUGUUGUUUAAAUAAAUUAAACAGUGUAAAUAUGUAAUUUAAUCGUUUGGCCUCUGAAUGUAGGCUGUAGUUUAGUUGUAGUUAGACCAUAACCUUGCCAAUGCAAUUUCACAUAGAAAAUUAGAAUCUCCUGUUGUGCCUCCUCUUUGACCACUUUGUAGUUCUGUUUGCUUGAUUUUGUGUUAGCUGUGUGUUUCUUUUCCAGCUUGCUGAGAUUGACAAUCAUGGAAAACUGGCAUCUAAUGAGAUCAACAUAAAUCUUCUGUCAGUUUUUUAAUUGAUUGUGUUGGUUGUAUGCUUCCUUUCCAGCUUGCUGAGAUUGUCAAUCAAGGAAAACUGGUGUCUGAUGAGAUCAUCAUAAAUCUGCUGUCAAGACGCCUGGAAGAGAGAGAAGAAAAGGGGUGAAUUGGGGUUCAUCCUUGAUGGCUUUCCUCGAACCAUGAGACAAGCGGAGAUACUUGAAGGAGUCACAAAUAUUGACUUGGUGAUCAAUCUCAAGCUCCGAGAAGAAGUUGUGGUUGCAAGAUGUCUUGGCAGAAGGAUGUGCAGCCAGUGUGGAGGAAACUUCAAUGUGGCCUCCAUUGAUAUUGAGGGAGAAAAUGGUGGAGCUCCAAUGCACCUGCCUCCACUAUUGCCUCCGCCACAGUGUGAAUCGAAGCUAAUAACCAGAGCAGAUGAUACUGAAGAAGUGGUAAAGAACCGGCUACGUGUGUACCAUGAUCUGACUGAACCAGUGGAGGGAUUCUACAAAGCGCGUCAAAAGCUCUUGGAGUUCAAUAUACCUGGUGGAAUACCCGAAUCAUGGCGAAAGUUAUUGGAAGCCUUGAACAUAGAAGACUCCAACAAUAUGAGAUCUGCAGUAGCAUGAUUUUUUUUUAGGAAUGCACAUUAAAUUAAACAUCUGUAGCUUAUGUCAAAGUUAGUCAAUUUUUCUGAACAUUCCUUAUAUCUUUAGAAAGCACGGUCGAAUUUGGAUUGAGAUUAGAUUAUUUGGCGUAGCACUCUAACUGUACAGUAGAUUUGUGAUCGAUGGGCAAGAUGAACGAAAGCGGUCUGUAAAAGGAAAGAAAUAGUUGUUCGAUGACCAGACAUUUAUUUGUAGCCUGUACCAUAUAUGAACUUGUUGAAAGAGGUGCAUACCAGAAGCAAUUUGAAUCGUUGUGGAUAUGAUUGAAGCA